CAGGCAGAGAAUGUGAGUGUACAGAAAAGGUGCAAAUGUUAAAUCUAUUAAUGAAGCGUGGCUAAGUCGACACAGGGUCUCCGACGUUUCCUUUUGGGCCCUGUUCAGCGUAUAAGAAGUAUAGAAUAAUUAGUGUUUUUCAAUACAACCCUGAAACAAACACACAUAUGAUUGUGUAUUUGUAAACAAAAAACUUGUCAAAAAGAAUAUUGUGAAAAAUAUCAUUGUUACACAAAUGCCACAAGAUUUUCAAUUGCUGCCGAAGAUCAUCAAUGGAGCCGUUGGCUCCAUGACCGGUGUCGCCUGUGUCUAUCCACUGGACUUUGUGAAGACGCGGCUGCAGAAUCAGCAAAUCGGACCGAAUGGUGAGAAGCAAUAUGCCAGUAUAGCAGAUUGCUUUCGCCAAUCCAUACGCAACGAGGGCAUACUCGGCAUGUAUCGCGGCAUUAGUGUUAUUUUUCUGCUCGUCAGCCCAGAGAAGGCUGUCAAACUUGCAGCUAAUGACUAUUUUCGCUUUCAUUUAACGCAUGCUGACGGCUCAUUGCCUAUGCCACAACAGAUGCUAGCCGGUGCCGGAGCUGGUUGCUUCCAGGUGCUUGUCGCAACACCAAUGGAGUUCAUCAAGAUCCAGCUACAAGAUGCGGGACGUGUGGCCACAGAGGGUCGCGUAACGGAACGCAUAACGGCCAGAAGUAUAUUUUUGAAAAUGUAUCGGGAACGUGGUAUCAUCGGUUUGUAUCGCGGCAUAGGGCCAACGGCCUUUCGCGAUAUAUUAUUUUCACUCAUCUACUUUCCGCUCUUUGCCGGCUUGAAUGAUUUGGGACCGCGUAAAGCUAACUCGGAGGACGCUGUACCGUGGGUCUCAUUUUUGGGUGGUUUAAUUGCAGGUUGUACUUCUGCGUUUGUCGUAACGCCGUUCGAUGUGGUGAAAACUCGUUUGCAAGCACUAAAAAAACGCGCCGGCGAACAAGAAUUCCAUGGCAUUAUGGAUUGUUUUGUAAAAACUUGGCGAAAUGAAGGUAUUACGGCUCUAUUCAAGGGUGGACUGUGCCGUGUUAUGGUCAUCUCGCCCAUGUAUGGCAUAGUACAGACCAUUUACUUCUUGGGUGUGGGAGAGGCGAUAUGCGAUAAACUAUAUAAAAUGUUUAAUUGAAAUGUUCUAUAAGAGCGAUGUACAAAAAUGUCAAAAUCAAAGUUUUUGUUUUUGUUCGUAAAUAAAUCGUAUAUUAAAUAUA